ACUCUCCAAGAUGGCGCCGUACAGGACGCAGUUUCCCUCAUCGUAGCCUCGGCAGCUUUUUCGUUUCUGCCCAUCGACCGUUCGGCUCUCCGAAGCGAGCUAAACGGGGCCCGCGGUCCUUCUUUUUCUGGGAGACACGGAGGCGGAACAACCAUGGUUCCGUCGCGCCCGGAGCCGGUCUGAAGGCAAAGGGGAGGGGGUGCGAGUAUGGCCACCGACAACAGGAUCAAUUUCUGGAGGAGAAACCCAAAGGUUCCCGGAAGUGUGCGGCCUGUUUAUGGAGCACAACAUCCGCCUCUCGAUCCCCGUUUGCGGCGCACGUAUCUCAGAGAGACAAAACCUAAACUCAACAAUGUCAAGACUAAAAAAGCCUCAAGCUUCCACGAGUUUGCCACCAGCACCAACGAUGCAUGGGACAUUGAUGAUGAAGAGGACGAGGACUUUUGUUGGACUCCCACCCCGGCUUCCUCCACACCAUCAGGCCUGGACUCUGCCUCAUCGCUGCACAAACAAAAUCAGCAUCAAGCAGAUGACCCUGGGAGAGUGUUGUCCCAAACACUGGCUCCGUCCACGGAGGUUGGUCUGGACCUCCAGGACGUGCAGGAGGAGGAUGUGGACCACGAGCUGGUCAACGGCAGGCUGGUGAAGUCUUGCAGCGAUGCAGAUCUUGGCUCUUCUUCUGCAGUUCGCUCCCCCCUGCAGAAGCAGCAGUCGCUGCCCGUGCGUCCCAUCAUCCCUCUGGUGGCUCGCAUCUCUGACCAGAAUGCUUCAGGAGCCCCCCCCAUGACGGUGCGGGAGAAAAACCGGCUGGACAAAUUCAAGCAGCUGCUGGCGAGUCCCAACACUGACCUCGAGGAACUCCGGAAGCAUAGCUGGUCUGGAAUACCGAGAGAAGUCCGGCCGAUCACCUGGAGACUUCUAUCUGGAUACCUGCCUGCCAACAAGGAGCGCAGAGAGCUGGUGCUCCGCCGAAAGCGGGAGGAAUACUUUGGUUUCAUUGAGCAGUAUUAUCACUCCAGAACAGAUGAGCACUUUAAAGACACGUACAGACAGAUCCACAUCGACAUUCCGAGAACCAACCCUCUGAUUCCGCUGUUCCAGCAGCCCGCCGUGCAAGAGGUGUUUGAGCGAAUUCUCUUCAUUUGGGCCAUCCGUCAUCCAGCCAGCGGCUACGUUCAGGGCAUAAAUGACCUGGUCACGCCCUUUUUUGUCGUCUUCCUGUCUGAGUUUGUCAAGGAGCACGUGGAGAACUUUGACGUGGCGAUGCUCCCUCUGGACACCCAGAGGAACAUCGAGGCAGACAGUUUCUGGUGCAUGAGCAAGCUGCUGGACGGCAUACAGGACAACUACACCUUCGCCCAGCCAGGAAUCCAGAAUAAGGUCAAAGCUUUGGAGGAGCUGGUCAGCAGAAUCGAUGUGGAUAUUCACAAUCAUUUUAAGAAGUAUGAGGUGGAGUACCUGCAGUUCGCUUUCCGGUGGAUGAACAACCUCCUGAUGAGGGAACUGCCACUCCGCUGCACCAUCCGUCUAUGGGACACCUACCAGGCUGAAGCUGAAGGUUUCUCCCACUUCCACCUGUACGUCUGCGCUGCAUUCCUCAUCGAGUGGCGUAAAGAAAUCCUGUCCAUGGUUGACUUUCAGGGCCUUCUCAUGCUUCUGCAGAAUCUUCCCACCAUCCACUGGGGGAACGAGGAGGUGGGCCUGCUGCUGGCUGAAGCCUACAGACUCAAGUACAUGUUUGCAGACGCACCCAGUCACUAUAAGAGGUAGAAGCCCCCUCCCCACAUCGGGGGUGUCCGAGGUACCACAGAAAAGACUGAUGUGGCUGAUGCUUCAAGCACUCAACUUCAUGCUGUGAAAGUCCAGUCCGGUGACAGUGAUGUGGAUUUGGACUGUCUGCAGUCAAAGUGUAUUGCUGUUUUAAUAGACUGUUACAGUGUAUUUUACCACACCUACCUUGGAUCUGCUGUCCUGAUGUCGGUCUCUCCACUUGAAACAUUUACUGGUACUCAGAAAGAAAAAAAAACAGGAAUGUUUGAAAGGCUGUUCUUUUUAGGCAAAAGAUAUUUAUUUGCUUCAGUUCAGUCUUUUUAAUAUUUGACAAAAAGACAAACUCAUAUCUGUUAAUUCAGAUGGAUGAAUGCAGACUGACCCCUCCAGGUAAACUCAGUCACAACUGCCCUUACGGGUGAAUUCGGGCUGACCGCGGGUAAAACGAAAAGCAGCAAACCUCGACGGGUCCGCCCAAAACUUCAAGGUGCUGGAUCGCUCAUUGAACCCAUAGAAAGAAAGCGUUAAUGCAUUUUUAUUUCUGUGGGUGACAGGGCAUAGAGAACACUUAACAACAGGGGUACGAAAGUAGACAGGCAGGUAAGAAUUUGUUGUUGUUUUUUUCAACCCCCUCAAAUCCUGAAGACUGCACCAUUAGUGGUGUUCAAGUGAUAAAUGCGUGCUCCUUGCGUGUAGCCUGACUGUUAGAAGGACAUGAGACAAUCAGAGGAUUGUUUGUGUGGACAUCCUACAGGCAGUUACGCUUUACAUGCACACCCGUGCAAACGGCAUGUGUGCGCGGUCAGUAAGGGGCCAGUACUCGCGUCUUACUACCGACUACAGUGUGGCGUAAGGGCACCGGUCCAUAGCAUCACGUGUACGUCAUAAGUGCGUGCAACUUGCAUUGUUCUUACAAAUGUAUCACGAUACACUUUCCACAAGUAAGACAAUAGUACGUUCCAGUUUCAUGACCCCCCUGGAAGUGACCGUACGAGCCUCAAGCACGACGCAUUUGCACUCCCCUUAAGAGGCAGCCGCUCCUCUCUACGACCGUUCACGGACCCGAACAACCCAGAAACCUGCAGCAGGUGUCAACCGCCGAAUGGGUGCAUGUGGCUGAGGCAUCUCAUGACACAAACCAGCUGUGUACAGUCAACUCAUGAGAAGUACCAUUUGAGCGGUCACUCACUUUUAAUUCAGUCUCCCCUGAUGUUCUGAGUCGUGCUUCUAAACGAGACCUGAGAUGUUUCACAUUCAGGUUCCGUUCUGAUCCAAACUGAGCAACAGAUGCGUUAUGUUAGAGAACGGACCCAUGCAGUGCUGGGAAAAAACACUUAAAGUUCUUGAUUAUAAAACUAUUCAAAUUUCCAUUUUGAAAUAAAUAUUUCAACUAUCAGGGGCAGAAAUUUCAAACUGACAGAAAAGAAGGUAAUUCCACCCUGAAGGAACACCACAGAACAUUUUUCCAAAAGUUUUAGAGAAAAUCCAUAUUUUUGUCAAAAUGUUAUAUAAAAAAGGCAUUUUUUAAAUUCAUUUGCUUUGUGUGUAAAGUUAAGAUUUUGUGUAACAAUUGAAGUGUGACAAAUAUCCUCAAAGUAGGGGGGGAGAUACUUUUUACAGCCUUGUAUCUAAAACAUUAAUUAAAUGUAGCUUUAAUUUCGUAAACUUAUUUUAACUGGACUGAAUCAAACUGUCAAUAGUUUAGAAAAGAAGACCAGUUUUUUACUAUAAGGAUUUUAUAAAGAAAAGAAAUGUUAUUUUGACCAGGGUGUCAAGAUCUUGAUGCUUUUGAUCAUGUGAUCUCUGUAAAAAAAACAAACGUAAAAUUGUUUUUUUGUUUUUUUAAUCACAAUUAUGUGAUUUUUACAGAAGAAAAAACAGCUUCAGGUAUUUGGCCACCUUGUGCAGCUGAAGGCCGUCCCAUGCAGCUCACAGUUACGAUGCUCGUGUUCUGGGCAUUUUCUAGAAUGUUCUUGUGCUGUCCUGUUCUUCAUGCUUCAAUUUUGAACUUGUUCCGGUUAGCAGACAUGUGUGACAUUCCACAGUCUGUGCCGUGAUCCAUCUUUAAGUUCUUCAAAUGUUUUUUUUUUUCUAUGUGUGUGAUUAUCUGUUCAUCUACCUUCAGCAUGUUCAGUCUGACAAUUGCUGAUGCUCUUCUUUUCCUGUCAGUUUGUUCCCUUUGGUCACCCUUUUCACUCAAGAAUCUAACGAUUUUGUGAUUAGGAGUGUUUGAAGUAUCUGUCAACAUGCCGAGUCUCUCACCAGGAAAAAGAAAAAAUGGAAUCACUCAUUCAUCAUUUCAGCAUCCACCUGACGUCUGAGCCUCUUUUUGGCAUUAAACCUUUAAUAAGCUUCUGUGGCGCUCCCGUCUGUGAAAUGAAUGGCUUUGGGUUGAACUGUCGUAAAUUGUUUUGUCCUUGCGUUUGAUGAGUGUAACAUUUGAGUGUGUGAGAGUCAACCUGCAGCCUUAAAACUGGACUCAUUCCUUGGGGGCAUCUGAUUGUGUCUCUACCACAGCGGUAUUGUUCACUCCAUGCCUUUCAGCAGGAAAAAAAAAAUCACUUUAUGUUGAUGACUGAUGGCUGAUCCAGAUUCAUUAACGCUGUUUCAGACUAAAUGCCAAAUAUGUUUUGGGCCAACGCCAUGAUGUAAAACACUUCAAAGGUCUGAGCUGGCUUUAGCCUUAUAACUAAUUAAUGAUUACAGUGACUGCUGUAUUUUCACUCUUUUUGUUUGUAUUAAAGACAUUCUUCUGUUAAAA